GUAAGCUGACUAUCAGGGUUUAUUACUGAAAAAUGGGUGUACUUGAGAAAAUACAAGAAAUUGAAGAUGAAAUGAAGAGAACUCAGAAGAAUAAGGCGACUGAGUAUCACUUGGGUCAACUUAAAGCCAAAUUGGCGAAAUAUAGACAACAACUAUUGGAACCAACUACUAAGUCUUCAAAACCGGGUGAAGGUUUCGAUGUCAUGAAGAGCGGUGACGCCCGUAUAGUCAUGAUUGGUUUCCCUUCUGUCGGUAAAUCAACACUUCUCUCCAAGACAACAAAGACAGAAUCUGCCACUGCAGCUUAUGAGUUCACAACUCUCACUGCCAUCCCAGGUGUCUUGGAGUACGAAGGUACCCGCAUCCAGCUUCUCGAUUUGCCGGGUAUUGUUGAAGGUGCCUCAGCUGGUAGAGGUAGGGGUAGACAGGUCGUUUCUGUAGCAAAGACCGCCGAUUUGGUAUUGAUGGUGCUUGACGCUACUAAAUCAUUAGAGCAAAGAACCUUAUUGGAGUAUGAGUUGGAAGCUGUUGGUAUUCGUCUCAACAAAAAGAAGCCGGAUGUUCAAAUCAAGAGGAAGAAGACAGGUGGUGUUACCAUCAACUGCCCUGUCGAAUUGACAAAGACAGACCAGAGAACGUUGAGGUCUAUUCUUCAAGAAUAUAAGAUCCACAAUGCAGACGUAAUGAUUAGAGAGGAUAUAACAGCAGAUGACUUCAUAGAUGUUGUUUUGGGUAAUAGAAAGUACAUGAACUGCUUAUAUGCGUACAACAAAAUAGAUGGUGUAUCUUUGGAAGAAGUAAAUAGGUUAGCACACCAAGACCACACAGUACCGAUCUCAUGUGAGAUGGAUCUCAACCUUGACUACCUGAUUGAAAGAAUGUGGGAACAAUUAGAUUUACUUAAGGUAUACACAAAGAGACGAGGAACACACCCAGAUUUAGAUGAGCCAGUUUGUCUUCGUAAAGGCGCAACAAUCGAACAUGUUUGUCAUUCAAUUCACAGAUCAUUAGCGGAAUCAUUCAAGUAUGCAAUCGUUUGGGGCAAAUCAAGUAAAUUUAGUCCACAACCUCAAAAAGUUUCGUUCAGUCAUAGAAUAGCUAAUGAAGACGUUGUAACGAUUGUAGCAUAGAAAACUUUCAUAUAUU